GAAUCCACACUUCCCUUUGUCGUUGAGGGCAGACCACACAAGCUUUAGCUAUUGCCACAUAUAUCUUCUUUUUUUCAUGAAGCUCCAAAAAUGAGGCAUACCUCAAUUUUCUCUACAUUUCUUCAACUAAUUUCCCUGUCUUGGUGAGUCUCUUCUUCUUCUUCUCACUCUUCAAUAUUCCUUUUCCAGAUUCAAUGCCUUAAGCUCAAUUCUAGCAGUAAUGACCUAGAAGUGUAUUUUUAAGAAAUAUUUUUUGGAUUUGAGUAAGGCACUUUGUUGGAACUCCAUGGAUAAUUUACUUAGAACUCACAGCAAGCUUGAAUUUUCGCGUCUUCUACUCCAUGGGUUCUCUGAGAAAGCUUGUAAUAAAACCCAGGAGGUUAAGUUUGGUCCCAAGAAAUCCUGUUUGAGAAGAGGUAUGGAUAAUAAUGGUUGUGUUAAGAUUAAGGCAAGUAGAGGUGCUCUUUUGGAGUUGGUUCCUGAAACUAAGAAGGAAAAUUUAGAGGUUGAGCUUCCUAUAUUUGAUCCAUCAAAAGGUACUGUGGUGGAUUUAGCCGUUGUGGGAGGUGGCCCUGCUGGUCUUGCUGUUGCUCAGCAGGUUUCGCAGGCGGGGCUUUCGGUGUGCUCCAUCGAUCCAUCUCCGACUUUGAUUUGGCCUAAUAACUAUGGUGUUUGGGUGGAUGAAUUCGAAGCUAUGGAUUUGCUUGAUUGCCUCGAUACGACUUGGUCCGGUGCCGUUGUGUAUAUUGAUGACCAUAAAAAGAAACAUCUCGAUAGACCUUAUGGAAGGGUUAACAGGAAGCAGCUCAAGUCCAAAAUGUUGCUAAAGUGCAUAUCCAACGGUGUAAAAUUUCACCAGGCAAAGGUUAUUAAGGUUAUUCACGAGGAAUCAAAAUCCAUGUUGAUUUGCAAUGAUGGUGCCACGGUUCAGGCUACCGUUGUUCUUGAUGCGACUGGAUUUUCGAGGUGCCUUGUUCAGUAUGAUAAGCCUUAUAAUCCAGGCUAUCAAGUGGCCUAUGGAAUUUUGGCCGAGGUGGAAGGACACCCUUUUGAUGUAGAAAAGAUGGUUUUUAUGGAUUGGAGAGACUCGCAUCUUGCCAACAGUAAGGAGUUGAGGGAGAGAAAUAGUAGAAUUCCCACAUUUCUAUAUGCAAUGCCCUUCUCGUCGAACAGAAUAUUUCUCGAGGAAACUUCUCUAGUCGCUCGACCUGGAGUGCCUAUGGAUGAUAUCAAGGAGAGAAUGGUGGCCAGGUUAAGGCACCUAGGAAUAGAAGUUACGAGCAUUGAAGAGGACGAGCACUGUGUUAUUCCGAUGGGCGGUCCCCUUCCAGUGCUACCCCAAAGAGUUGUGGGAAUCGGUGGCACAGCUGGGAUGGUGCACCCUUCGACAGGGUACAUGGUUGCAAGAACUCUUGCAGCUGCUCCAAUUGUUGCAGAUGCCAUAGUUAGAUGCCUUGAUCCCGGAAGGAACUUGGUGGGAAACAAAUUGUCAGCAGAAGCAUGGAGGGAUUUAUGGCCCAUAGAAAGGAGGAGACAAAGGGAGUUCUUCUGUUUCGGCAUGGAUAUUUUGCUUAAGCUCGAUUUACCAGCAACGAGAAGGUUUUUCGAUGCAUUUUUUGAUCUGGAACCCCAUUAUUGGCAUGGAUUCUUGUCAUCUAGGUUGUUUCUUCCCGAGCUCAUAACAUUUGGGCUUUCUCUGUUCUAUCAUGCCUCAAAUACUUCCAGGUUAGAGAUUAUGGCCAAGGGAACUCUUCCUUUGGUCAGCAUGAUCAAUAAUUUAGUGAAGGAUAGAGAUUAAGAUGAUCAGGAUAUAUCCAUUUAUUGCAUGCUUAAAUUUGUUGGUUGGGUUGCAUUUUACUAGUUUUUUCCCUAUAAAUGUUUAUAAUAAACUUCGAAUUUGUUUCUAUAUAAUUAUGAUAGUUACAUUAUGAAUUAUGAGGAAGAAAGAACACUGUAAUUUCUUACAGAACAGAAUAUUAUUAAAUUUCUUCAUUUUUGUA